AUGUGUUUGUACGUUUUGCGAUCGAAACAUCAUUAUUAGUUUACUGAAAUAAUAUUUUAGUUUUUUUUUCUUUUUUUUUAAAAAUGCCGCAAAAAGACUAUAUAAAAAAUAAAAAAUCAUUACCAAAAUUAAAAAAUAAUGAAAAAUUGGAUAAUCUUUUGGAAGAGAACGUUGAAGAAUUACCCAAAAUGGAUCCACCAGAAACAUAUUCGUUGUAUGUUCGAGGAGCUGCAUGGAUAAAGGAUCGUGAUAAUGCUGCAAAUCGAUUGAAAGAAAUUUGCUCUAAAAUCCAAGACGUUCGCCAUCCUCGACAAAAAAGUGCUGAUUACUGUUUCAUUGAUUUUGCAUCGGCUAGUGAACGCGAUCAAUCCUAUGAGCAAUUAAAAACAAAUACCGAAAUAACUGUGAAACCGGUCAUCAAAGAUGUGCCCAAAUUGCUUGAAAAACGAAAGCACAAAGUUGCCGAAAAACGUGAAGCGAAAAUUGAAACACGAAAAUUGCUGGCAAAAAUCAAAAAGAAUGAAAAGAAACAUGAAAAUAUUAGAGAAAAAACGAAUCAAAUCAUCAUUGCGAAUUUGCCGAAGCAAACGACUAACGCUGAGCUGAAACAACAGUUCACAAAUGCGGUGAAAAUAAAUUUGAAUUCGAAAAAGAAAGCAAAACAAUUUUCAUCAGCCAUUCUAACCUUUGCAAGUCCAAGAGACGCAUACACGGCUUCAAAACAAUCGGUUUCUUUACACGGACAGACAUUGAACGUUUUACUGAAUACCGGAGACUCGGUAAAGAGAAUACACAAACGUAAACCAACAAAAAUACAGCAAGAGCGCAAGGAAGAGGAAGAGCCACAACAAAAACUUGUCAAAACGGAGAAGAAAUGAAAUGCAGAACAUAUUUUUGAAUGUAUUUUCAUAUUUUUUUAGUUCAUGCAAUAAACAGGCCUGUAUUUGGACCCAAUUAUUCUUUUUUUAA